AUGCUUGCCACAGUGUUCCUGGCGCUGGCGCUGGCCACCAGCGGCGCCCGAGCACUCUAUUCGGAAGGCGGCGAUGUUCGAGUCCUACAUCCUGGUAACUUCAAGGGGGUGGUGGCCCAGCCGGCCCUUGUGGAGUUCUAUGCCCCAUGGUGCGGCCACUGCAAGAGCUUGGCACCCGAAUGGGAGCGGGCGGCGCAGGCGCUCAAGGGCAUCCUCACUGUGGCGGCUGUGGAUGCGGACGCCCACGGCGAGCUGGGCAGCGAUUACGGCGUGCGCGGCUUCCCCACCAUCAAGUUCCUUUACACCGACCCCUCUGGCAAGGUGACCGCCGUAGACUAUAGCGGCGGCCGCUCGGCCAAGGAGAUUGUCGAAUGGGGCCUCCAGCAGGUGCAGCGGCUGGCGCUGGGCCGCUUGGGCGUCAAGCCCGGCGGCGCCCGCGGUGGCGGCGGCGGCGGCGGCGGCGGCGGCGCCCGCUGCGGCGGCGGCGGUGGCGGCGGUGGCGGCGGCGGCGGCGACGACUUUUAUGCGGGCACCGAUGUGACUGUGCUGAGCGACGACGACUUCCACCGCCAGGUGGCGGGCAGCGAGGAGCUGUGGUUUGUGGAGUUCUACGCUCCCUGGUGCGGGCACUGCAAGGCGCUGAAGCCCGCCUGGAUCGACCUGGCGAAGCAGAUGAAGGACAGGGUGCGGGUGGGCGCGGUGGACUGCACCGCCCAGAAGCAGACCUGCGAUGAGUUCCAGGUGCAGGGCUUCCCCACCAUCAAGUUCUUUGGGGAGGACAAGGAGAGGCCGGAGGAUUACAACGGCGGCCGCGACUCGGGCUCGCUGGCCGCCUUUGCCACCCAGCGCUGGGCAGCGCAGCAGCCGCCGCCAGAGGUGCGCGAGCUAGUGGACGAGCACACCUGGGAGGAGCACUGUGUGGGGCACGCCGCAGACGCUGCGCUGGAGCUGGGGGAGGUGAAGCCGAAGAUGAUGUGCCUCCUCGCCUUCCUGCCGCACAUCCUCGACACCAAGGCCGCGGGCCGCGAGGCCUACCUGCAGGCGCGGCGGCGGCCCUGCUGGGCGGCGCUGGGCGGCGCUGCGCUGCGCUGUGCUAUCCUGCGGGACCUGAUCCCGCAGUACAAGGACCGCCCCUUCUCGUACCUGUGGGCCCAGGGCGGCGCGCAGCCGGCGCUGGAAGCCAACUUUGGCGUGGGAGGCUACGGCUACCCCGCCCUCAUCGCCUACUACCCCUCCCAGGGCAAGUUUGCCAGCCUCAAGUCGGCCUUUGAGGAGCAGCACGUGCGGCAGUUCCUGGCCUCGGAGCGCCUGCGUGCCACCGCCGUGAUUGGGGAGGUGGCCAAGGUGGAGACGCGAGACGCGUGGGACGGCGGCGACGGCCAGGAGGUGGUGGAGGAGGAGUUUGACCUGGCUGAUCUGAUGGCGGAGGAGGAGGAGGGCGAUGGGGUGGGGGAGCUGUGA